AUGCCUCCAAGAGGAUCUUCCACUCGCGGCCGAGGACGGCCCAAGGGUGCCACGGACCGAAGUCAGUCGACUGAGACGGCAUCCUCCGAAGCUAGCGAUCCGUUCGAGUCUUCAGACGACCAGGCCGAAGCCCAGGACGCACGAAUUGAUACCGAUGACGCACCACCGCCCGAGAAAUCGAUACCCAGGGACCUGCUGACCCGUAUUUUGCAUGAGUUCUUCGCUAAGGACUCUACAAGAAUAUCUCGUGAUGCGAAUGCGGCUGUUGGCAAAUAUAUGGAUAUCUUUGUGAGAGAAGCUAUUGCUAGAGCAGCUGUGGAGAAAAAUGCAGGCUUCUUGGAGGUAAGUUUUGUCUACUGGCCCAGUACUCGGGUUCGACUGACGGUUUUGGAGGUGGACGAUUUGGAAAAGAUUGCACCGCAACUGUUGCUGGAUCUAUGA